AUGCAUCCCUCUCUCAUGUUUCCCACUGAUGUCAAACUAAACCAGAUCAAAUCACGAGCAUAUGAAUCCCUUUACUCAGUAUCUGCUUUCCGGAAGUCAAACAUGGAGCUUCUCAUUGAUAUUCGGACACUAGAUGAUUCUCUGGAGAAGUGGCGAUUGGGAAUUCCCAAAAUCCUGCGCCCGAGUCUUCUAUUUUCCCGCGACGAGCGAAUGGAAGUCGGAGGUAUCAACAUACGUUCAUUGGUCCUUCGACUAGACUAUCUACAUUGCAUGACUGUUGUUCAUCAGGCUAGCAACCGCUGUCUUAGAGGUAGUAUGAAUUCAGACGGCACAAGAACCGUGAUCGCUACCGGCAUCGCCCUAGCGGUAGAGGCUAGUCGCUCUUCGUUGAAGUAUUUGGAAACUGCAUACCAUAUCCUCAAUAAAGGGAGUUUCUGGAUCGUUCUGUUUUACCCCUUCGUCGCGUCAGUCACUAUAUUGUGCAACAUCCUUGAAGACCCUGCUCUUCCAUCGGCCAUUAAUGAUUAUGAGCUCCUACGAAAUUUCCCCAGAUUGAUGCGUGACAUGUCGACAUAUGAUCUUGAGGCCGAGGAUCUUCUUCAAAGAGACCAGUUAGAGGCAUUUGUCAAGCAAAUGAUCGACGUUGCGGCGUGUGCCAUUACAAGUGUAGGAGGGAAAAUAUCGUCGUCCAAUAACGAAUAA